AUUCUAACAACAACGAAAACAAUACCGCUCUAGUGUAACCACCACAACAACUGCAUCCCCCCACUUUCUCAUCCACUACAUAUACACUAACUGUCAUUACCCACAGUUUUCCCUCCACAAACAAAAAGAACGACAUUUUUCUAAAGGUUUUAUAGAGAAAAAAAAGCAAACACAAACGCAAACCGAAAGCAAAACUUGUCGACUACUUCAUUUCUGUUUGUCAUAUUCGUAUAUAAUCCUAAGCAUAUACACCUAAACAUACUAGCACAUAGUCAUAGUUUGUACUACACCGUUCCACUAACACACAAACAACAACAACAACAACAAAUAACAUCCUCCCCACUUUUUUUACAGCACGCAUUUGUCAUAUAAUACGCCCCCAUCUCCCUCCAUGAGUUCCAAAUCCGCAGCUGCCAUUUUACAACGACAAUUCAAAGACUUGACUGACCCUAGAAAGGGUAUCCCAUCGUUCCACAUUGAACUUGAUGACGACAACAUCUUUCUCUGGAACAUCGGCAUUAUGGUCCUCAACAAGGAAUCCAUCUACCACGGAGGUUACUUCAAGGGUCAAAUGAGAUUCCCUCUGGAUUUCCCCUUCUCCCCACCAACUUUUAGAUUCACUCCUGCCAUCUACCACCCUAAUGUUUACCGUGAUGGAAGAUUAUGUAUUUCUAUUCUUCACCAAGGUGGGGACCCCACCAGUGACGAGCCAGACAGCGAAACUUGGACUCCCGCUCAAACCGUGGAAUCGGUUUUAAUUUCCAUUAUUUCCCUUUUGGAAGACCCAAAUGUCUCAUCGCCAGCCAACAUCGACGCUAGUGUUGAAUUUAGAAAGAAUAAAGAAGAGUAUAAAAAGAGAGUCAAGAAGGAAGUGGAACGUUCCAAACAGGACAUCCCUGCUGAUUUCGUCAUGCCUGAUUCGGAGCAUUCGGCCUACGCCAAUGCCCAUAAUAAGAACAAAGACAUUAUUGAAGAGCCGGUUGACGAAGAUUUCUGGUACGAAAGUGACGAAGAAGAAGAAAGCUUUGAUGAAGAAAGCUUAAUGGAUGACAUGGAAGACUACGAAGAAGAAGACGAAGAAGAGGAAGAUGAAGAUGUUGACAUGGGAGCAAAGUGAUACUUCAUUAAUCUAUCCCUCCCCCCACCGCCCGUCAUAUCUUUUCUCCCACGCAAGGCUCACGCAGUGAAUGUUUUAUGAUUAUUUUUUUAAUGGUAUACCCACUUUAAGCUGUGCUCUGUUGCCUUUUCGUCCAGGUGGAGGAGAAAAGUUUAUCCAUCACCAAAUUGCAUAUCAUUUUUUAUAUUGUCUUAUUUUCUUCGAUUAUUUGUUUAUUUUGAUUAUGUCUUUUAUUUUAUACAAAUUUUGUUUCAUGAAUAGUUUUAUUACUGCUAAUAAAGUAUUAUUU